UAUGUAGGACAAAUCAAUGAUUUACACAACGAACGAAAUCCACCCGUAGUUUCAUAUUCGAGAAUGCCACCCAAAUCGAAAUCCUCAAGAACCAAUACACUGAAAGAUGAUAAAAAACAAACAAAGAUCUCAACACCCAUAAAAAAAUUUUCUGAAUCAUCAAAAUGGCCAAGUUUUUUGUUAAAAUCGGAUUUGCAACUACAAACUCUGCUUGAAAAUCAAAUUGUUGUAAUUCCUUCAUUUCUCACACAUCAAGAGUGCACCAACUUGAUAAACUUUAUCGAAAAAAACAUUCCCCUUGAACAAACCGUUCCAAAUAAAGGUGAAGCUUUCAGAAAUAAUGAUAGGUUUUCUAUCGAAAAUCCGAAAUUCGCGGAAAGCCUUUACCAAUCUGGGUUGAAUUCACUGGUUUCUCAUUGGAAAUCUUUUGUUUCAACAAAAAAAUCUGUCGUGGGACUUAAUUCAAACAUCCGAAUUUACAAAUAUAGUACGGGACAACAGUUUGGUCAACAUUAUGAUGAUUUUGCUAAGGAUUCAUUGGGGAGAAUGAGCGAGUGGACUUUAUUAAUUUAUUUAAAUGGUGGACAUAACGAAGUCGAUGUACCGCUUUCAGGAGGCGAAACGGUUUUCUAUAAAGCCAAGAGAGGAGAGAUUGUUGUUGCACCCGAGAGAGGGAUGGCUUUGUUACAUAAACAUGGUCAUGAUUGUUUGUUGCAUGAAGCAAAAGAAGUCAAGAGAGGCAAUAAAUAUGUUCUGAGGAGUGAUUUAAUGUUUGCCUAA